AUGUACUCUCUGGGCUUGACUGCUCUGUCUAUGCUCUGGGCUACCGGUGCCCAGGCAGCUGGACGUCGACCUCUUCCACCUCCUGCUGUUGCAGCGGCAACAGCCACAUACGGCCAAUCCACUUUUGAGCAACUCAUUGAUCACAAAAAUCCGAGCCUUGGAACCUUCUCUCAGCAGUACUGGUGGAACUCUGAAUGGUGGGAGAGCGAGGGUGCACCGGUCGUACUCUUCACCCCUGGCGAGGAAGCAGCCGCUGGAUAUACUGGAUACUUGACGAACAAGACUCUAACCGGUGCUUUUGCCCAAGAAAUCAAAGGCGCAGUGAUUCUCAUUGAGCACCGAUACUGGGGCAAUUCAAGCCCAUAUUCUGAUUUGACAACCGAAAAUCUCCAAUACCUGACUCUGGAAAAUGCCAUUGCCGAUCUCACCUACUUCGCUAAGAAUGUGGAUCUUCCUUUUGAUACGAACAGUAGCAGCAAUUCCCAGAAUGCCCCUUGGGUGUUGAGUGGAGGUUCUUACAGUGGAGCUCUGACUGCAUGGACUGAGUCAGUCUCUCCCGGUACAUUUUGGGCGUACCAUUCUACUAGUGCCCCGGUUGAGGCAAUUUAUGACUACUGGCAAUACUUUGUUCCUGUCCAAGAGGGAAUGCCAAAGAACUGCAGUAAGGAUGUUGAGCGCGUGGUGGAUCACAUUGAUAGUGUCUUCGCAUCCGGAAGCGAAAAGAAGAUCCAGAAUCUGAAAGACAUGUUCGGACUUGGUGAUUUGGAGUUCGAUGACUUUGCUGCUGCUCUUGAGAACGGACCUUGGCUAUGGCAAUCAAACUCCUUCUACACGGGAUAUUCAUCUUUCUUCGAAUUCUGCGACUACGUUGAGAAUGUCGAGGCGGGUGCGAUGAAGGUCCCAGGAGCCAACGGAGUCGGCCUUGAUAAGGCACUCAAGGGUUACGCCAAGUGGUUCAAAGAGAUCUAUUUCCCAGGAUCAUGCGCGGGAUACGGCUACUGGACCGAAAAUGACACCACUGCUUGCUUCGACACUUACAAUGCAUCAAGCCCCCUAUUCACUGAUACAUCGGUGAACAACUCCAUUGAUAGACAGUGGCAAUGGCUCCUUUGCAACGAGCCAUUCUUCUAUUGGCAAGAUGGCGCGCCAAGUGAUACUCCCUCUCUUGUCUCCCGGACUGUGAACGGCGCUUAUUGGCAGCGCCAAUGUCCUCUUUUCUUCCCCGAAGUCAAUGGCUACACCUACGGUAGUGCAGAGGGCAAGUCUUCCGCCGAAGUCAAUGCUUGGACCAAGGGCUGGGACUUGACCGACACCACUCGACUGAUCUGGGCUAACGGACAAUUUGAUCCCUGGAGAGAAUCUGGCGUCUCGUCUAGCUUCCGCCCUGGUGGGCCUCUGAAGUCGCGACCUUCGGCACCUUUGAACAUCAUUCCCGGUGGCUUCCAUUGCUCUGACCUUAUUUUGAAGAAUGGUCAAGCGAAUGCGGGUGUCCAGAAAGUUAUCGAUGCCGAGAUUGCACAGAUCAAGACUUGGGUGGCUGAGUACUAUAAAUGA